GAUGGUGCACAGUUUGCACACGAGCGGGGCCAAUGCCAUCUGGGAGCACCAGCUGCUGGAGCCAGGCAAGGCAGCUGGACGACGCAAACCCAGCGCUCGUGACAGCCUCCACCCAGUGAAGUCCGAGUUCAUACGUGCCAAGCACCAGAAUCUAGCCUUCGUGCACCGGGUGGCCAAGGAAGGGGAGCAGCCGACGCAGGAGGACCUCAGCAAGCAACUGCACGCGAGUGUGCGUACUGCCAACCUGGAGACCAGCCUGCGCCUGCUGGCCCAGGGGGCUUUGCCAUCCCACCUGCACCCUGACAAAGGCAGCACGGCCCUACAUGUGGCAGCACGCAGCGGCCAGGCAUGCCAGGUGGAGCUCCUGCUGGUGUACGGGGCUGACCCAACUGCGAAGGACUCGCAAGGCAUGACUCCUGCUGACUGUGCCAGGGAUGCUGGUUACCUGGACCUUGAGGCACGUCUCAUUGAAAGCCAGUAUGAGGUCACCGACAGGCUGGCCCAUCACCUGAGUGGGCGCAACCCAGAGCACCACCUGGGCCAGCACUUCAUCUUGCCUGAGAUGGCUGACUGCCUGGACUUGUCGGCACAUGCGAGGGCGGCCAAGCAGAAGCUCCAAUCGUUGCCCGAACGGCUGUUUGUGGAGCUGGCACGAGACCUGUAUGACGAGGUAGACCGGCGGGAGUGUGAGGCUGUGUGGCUGGGGGCCAACCUGGACCGACAAGCUGUGCCUUUUCUGCCCGUCAGUCCCGAGCUAUCCUCCACCAGAAAUCAGGCUCGCCAGAAGCUUGCUCGACUGACAGCUCGGGAAUUUGCCACCUUGCUCAUUGAUGUCCUAUCGGAGGCCAAGCGACGACACUUGGGGACCAAGCAGCCCGUCUCGGAGGACCAACGGCUGAGUGACGAUGAACCGCUGUACGACAGUGUUGCAUCCGAUGAAGACAACCACAUUAGCAGGCAGCUGUGGCAGCGCAUGAAUGAUCUGCAGCGGGAACAUGCGGCUAUGCGGCUAGAUCUGGAGGCCAUGCAGGCCACACUGGUGCAGGCCCGUCAUUCAAAUCGAGGUACGUCAUCUCCUCAGGCACAACGCAGCCCAAGGCCCCAGUCAAUGUGUGAAUGGCGCCACCUGGCUGGAGCCACAUCGAGGACAGGUGUCCAUGAAAUUCGAAAUCGACACGGAGGAGCCAGUCCUUCACGUGGCGAACAUGAAGACAAUGGAACAUAUUGCUCUCUGCCAACAUAUCAGGAGGUGCUGGCUCAGACAGAGCACAUCACGCGCUGCAUCCACAAGUUACUGGCAUGUGCACAAGAUGGAAACCGAGAUGCAUUUCUACCUUGCACACAGAACAUUUUGCAGGCAGUGUUGGGCAUGAGCACUCUCUUUGGUGGACAGCCUACAGGCACAGUAAGCAGUGCUCUAGCACGUCUGGUGGGCAGUGCACACCAGCUGCAGUGGUGGGCAUCCAGUGGCCUCGAAGGGUGCCAGCUCAUCCAGGGGGCCUACGAGGUGGCCAAGGGGGCCAAGGAGCUCGUCCAGGCGUAUCCUGCUUCACCUGCAUGUGCUCAAUAAAGUUUUGUUUGAAGAGCAAA